AUGUGCUCUUCUCAGAGUGUGUUGACGUUCAUGGAUGUGGCUAUAGAGUUCUCUAAGGAGGAGUGGGAAUGUCUGGAUUCUGCCCAGAGGGCUUUGUACAGAGAUGUCAUGUUGGAGAAUUAUGACAACCUGAUUUCUGUGGGUGUUGCUGUUUCAAAACAAGAGGUAAUCAUCUGUCUUGAACAAAACAAAGAAGCAUGGAUUGUUGAUGGAGAGAAGACAGAAAUAAGAGAACCAGCAUUGUCUUGUGAACAUACCAAGAAGCUACUCCCAAAGGUGUGUACACAAAAUUAUUUUCAGAAAGAAAUAACACAAAGGUUUGGACUUACUGGCCUUUUCAAUCUAGAUAGAAAGAAGUUCUGGGAAUACAGAGGUGACAGUGAGAAACAUGAAAGAUGUGAUUAUGGAGAUGAUAUGCUAUCUGGGACACUCCCAUUCUUACAGUUGGAGGCUUCUCUAGCAGAAUUUUUACAAGUUUUGAAAAGCAACUCUGUCCUACAGAGAAAUACAAAAACAUUAAAGAGUGACAUUUGGGUGAAUAAACCCACUUCCCUGAAGCACUCAAAAGGGAGUAUAGGAUUAAACAAUACAUCAAUACUUUAUGAACAAAGGAGAUUUUGGAGAAGAGAAAAAAUUACUGAAUAUCAUAAAUGUGAAAGAUAUUUCUCUAAAACUAUAUUACAGUUCCCUCAACAAUUAAAUCUACUCUGUGACAAGUUCUACCAUUUAGAUCAACAUAAGAAAGUAUCCAUGUAUGUAGUGAAACUUGGAAUAUAUCAUGUGGGAGGUACUCGUGGAAACUCCAACAGAAUAAAUGAUACUAACAUAGGCUAUAUUAAAAACCCUUUUCUGAAAUAUUGCCAAAACAAUCAACAUGGAGGGAUUUUAUACCAAGAUAAUAUCAUAUUAUAUGAUUCUCUUCAUGAAACAUUUCUAAGAAAAAAUGAGAUAAAUAAAUGUAUUCCAGAAAAUAGUUAUAACCAUGAUAGUAGACAGGCUAUGUUUAAUCACUGCUCUCACUCAUCUUUGCAACAGCAGGGCCAUACCACAGAGAAACUUUAUACACCUGACUGGAAAGAUGACCUUUUAAAUGAAUCCUUAAUUCUUCGGGUUUAUAAUGGAAUGUGGACUAAAAGAGAUGCCAAUAGAUACAAAUGUGAUACAUACAGGAAUGCCUUAACUGAAUCAUUAUACUUAGAGAGAGAUAACAUAAGACAUAUUAAAAAACAACUUUUCCAGGCCCCAGGAUAUAACAAGUCCUUGAAUUUUAAUUCAAAUAUCAUUCAACAUGAUUCAAGGCAUAAUGGAGAGGGAAGGCAGAAAGCCACUGUACAUAUAUACGGUUUUUCCAAUGUAUCAAAUCUCUUGGGACAUUCAAACUUACCAGUUGAAGAAAAACACUCAAAAUAUAAGGCACCAGAGAAAUGUUCCAGCAAACCUUCAGGCCUUAUGGUAUUUCAAAUUGGAGGAAAAUCAUGGAAAUGUAAGCAAUGUGGCAAGUCCUUUGCUCAGUACUCAGCUCUUCAGAGCCCUCAUAGAAUCCAUACUGUAAAGAAAACUUACAGUUGUGAAGAAUGUUGGAAAUCAUUUACUUGGUCCUCAAAAUGUCAAGCCCAUCACAAAAUACACACUGCACAGGAACUUUAUAAAUCUAGUAAGUAUGGGAAAUCAUUUACCCAGACAUCAAAUCUUCUAGCUCACCAAAGAAUCCACACAGGAGACAAGACUUGCAAAUAUAAUGAAUGUGGGAAAUCAUUUACAAAGUCCUCAAGUCUUAAAGUUCAUCACAAAAUCCAUACAGGAGACAAACCAUACAAAUACAAACCUUACAAAUGUAAUGAAUGUGGAAAAUCAUUUACACAGUCUUCAAGUCUUAAAGUUCAUCACAAAAUCCAUACAGGAGACAAACCAUACAAAUGUACUAACUGUGGAAAAAGCUUUUUAUGUUCUUCAGCUCUUAAAAGGCACUACAGAAUCCACAGUGGAGACAAACCUUACAAAUGUAAUGAAUGUGGAAAAUCAUUUACACAGUCUUCAAGUCUUAAAGUUCAUCACAAAAUCCAUACAGGAGACAAACCAUACAAAUGUACUAACUGUGGAAAAAGCUUUUUAUGUUCUUCAGCUCUUAAAAAGCACUACAGAAUCCACAGUGGAGACAAACCUUACCAAUGUAAUGAAUGUGGAAAAUCAUUUACACAGUCUUCAAGUCUUAAAGUUCAUCACAAAAUCCAUACAGGAGACAAACCAUACAAAUGUACUAACUGUGGAAAUAGCUUUUUAUGUUCUUCAGCUCUUAAAAGUCACUACAGAAUCCACAGUGGAGACAAACCUUACAAAUGUAAUGAAUGUGGAAAAUCAUUUACACAGUCUUCAAGUCUUAGAGUUCAUCACAAAAUCCAUACAGGUGACAAACCUUACAAAUGUAAUGAAUGUGGUAAAUAUUUUACCCAAUCUUCAAAUCUUCGAGUUCAUCAGAGAAUCCACACAGGAGAUAAACCUUACAGAUGUGAUAAAUGUGGGAAAUCAUUUACAAAGUCCUCAAGUCUUAAAGAUCACCACAGAAUCCAUAUAGGAAAUAAACCUUAUAAAUGUAAUCACUGUGGAAAAAGCUUUUUAUCUUCCUCAGAUCUUAAAAGGCACCACAGAAUCCACAGUGGAGACAAACAUUACAAAUGUAAUGAAUGUGGUAAAUAUUUUACCUGGUCUUCAAGUCUUAAAGUUCACCACAGACUUCAUAUUGUAGACAAGCCUUAUGAGUGUAAUUAG